AACUGUCUACCAUAUGUCAAUGAAACAAAACUAUUCACAAUUUCACAUUCACAUUGCCUGGCUGUACGUUUGUCAAAAGGAAAACAUCUUAAACUAAAAUUAUGAACUAGUCCUUGUACUACAUAAAAUACAAUAAAUACACGAAAUUUAAAUCAUACGUCGCUAAGCCUUUAACAGAGCAACACGUCUAAACAUUUCAAACAGUAUUUGUUCGGCAAUAUCUUUUUAAAAAUGUCGCAAGCCCGCUUCGCAUCGUGUAUUCCUUUGCCGAUAGAACAGAAGAACUUGGUGAACGUAAUAGAAAAAGCGAAGGACUGGGCUUUAAUGCACGGAGUGGCGAUGCGAGACAAGAAACACUUCAAUAAAGAUGUGAUCCAGGUUGCACCAUUUGUGUUGUUGCCUUCACCAUUCCCUAAGUGCGAGUUUGAGAAGGCUGUGGAACUACAACCAGUGUUGAACGAACUAAUGCAUAAGGUGGCGCAUAACGAUGAAUUCUUGGAGCAUACACUGCAGAAUGCACUGCAAGUGGACGAGUUUACAAGGAGCCUUUAUGACAUUUGGGUCAAAGUGCGAAACGAGGGAAUCACUCAGCCGAUAUCAUUAGGCAUGCUGCGGUCGGACAUCAUGCUGGAAUCCAGAUGCCCCCACACGGAGAACCAGUGUGCUAAACACACACCAUACUGCUCCUGGAAGCAGGUGGAAAUCAACAGCAUCGCGUCAGGGUUCGGGCACCUGGGACCCUCGAUCAGCCUCGGUCUCUUCCGCUCCGAUUACCUGAUGCACAACGAGGACAGUAACAGUAUCAAGCAAGUGGAGUUUAACACGGUGGCCUCAAGCUUUGGAGCCAUGACGUCGUAUCUGCCAACAAUGUCUCGUUACAUCCUGCGACAGCUGGGACAUCCCGAUUUGAUCAAAAAUAUGCCAGAAAACAAAGCGCUAUCGGGCCUAUGUUCCGGGAUCACAGACGCUUACGACCUGUUCGGCGUGCCGAAUGCAGUCAUCCUGUUCGUAGUCGAAGAAGUUUCAUACAACAUCUGCGACCAAAGAUUCCAUGAAUUUGAAAUUGCUGAGAAACGGCCCGAUAUUAUGAUUCACAGAAAAACACUGAACGAGAUUUAUGAAGAGACCACUUUGAAUGACAAGAAGCAGCUUAUUUUGGAUGGCCGUGCAGUUGCGGUGGCGUAUUAUCGCUCUGGGUACGAGCCUGCACAAUAUCCUUCGCAAAGAGAGUGGGACGCCAGACUUCGUGUCGAGAGAUCUACAGCCAUAAAAUGCCCGUCGAUCCAGUACCAGUUAGCCGGUACCAAGAAGGUACAACAAGCGUUAGCGGCGCCGGGCGUCUUGGAACAAUUCAUGGGCGCCGGAGCGACCACCAACAGAGUGAGAGAUAUAUUCACUGGACUCUACUCUCUGGACUUCGACGAGAGUGGGGAGAGAGCCGUCGAAAUGGGCCUUAAGGAUGCCGAAAAGUUCGUGCUGAAGCCGCAGCGCGAGGGCGGCGGACACAACGUGUACGGCGCCGACGUGCGCGACGCGCUGCUGCGCAUGCGCCACUCCCGCGAGCGAGCCGCAUACAUACUCAUGGAGAGGAUCGUGCCGCCACUGGUGUCAGGCUACGUGAUUCGUCCGGGCGCGACGAUACCGCCCCCAGUCGUCGACUUGGUUUCAGAGCUCGGCAUAUUUGGAGUUAUCAUUGGGACAAAAGACAAAGUAUUCCACAACAGGCAAGUUGGUCACAUGUUACGCACGAAGUUAGCCGACGCCAACGAGGGCGGAGUCGCCGCCGGCCUCGGAGCCCUAGAUUCACCAUUCUUAAUAGAUGUGUAGUACGAAACACCAAACUGUUAAACGGACUAUACUCAUUUACACGAAUAUUAAUUUGAGUUUUACUUUAAUUACAGGUCUUAUUGUUAAGUAACUUUGCCGGUCUGAAGUUGGCUAGCAUUCAAUUCACGAUGUGGUAAUACAUUUUGACUAUCUCAUACAGCGUUCCCAAUAUUUUAUCUAUUUGUUGAUUUGCUUAAUACCGAUAGAAUUUGACAUGAGCCCCAUGCGAGUAAUAUCGAAUUCCUAUCUUUAGUAAGCAAAUCAACAGUUGGUUUUAUAAGAAGAUUGCGAACGGCAGUUAGUGAAUAAUAGCCAACUUCAUAUUGUUAUUUGACAAGGCCUGUUUUUUUUUUUAUCAAAUCAUUGAAAUUAUCUGACAGAUGAAUAUAGAGACAUUUUUUAUGUGGUUAAAUCUGCUGUUAAAAAUAUAUUAAGGGCUCACAACACUGCUCAUUUAAUAUAAUUACCGUUAAAUGUAUUUGAGUAUUUAUUUUGUCUAUUGCGAUCUUUGAAGACGCUGGAAACCAAAUGACUAAAUAAAAAAAGAUCCCGACGAACUGAAAACCUUUUUGGAAGUCGGUUUAAAAAUAUAUAGUUCGCGGAGUUUUUAUUUAUUGAGCUGUGGUAGUAACCCUUAGUGAUGCUCCUAACAAGACAAAAUAUCGAUAAAUCGAUAAAUCGAUAAAUGAGUAUAGUCCCCUCGAGUCAUGAUUGCAGGACAAUAUUUAAUGACUAAAUUAUGAGUGUUUUUUUCUUAUAUAUAUAUUUAAAUAAAAUGUUGAUAUAAUUAAGGCGUGAAUGAACGUGAUACUCGCACAAGUUUUUUUUAACGGAACAAUGCACUUUCAAUGCCUUUAAUAAAUACUUUUUGACUUCACUUUUUUCCAGCCAAUGUAACAUGAAAUUGGUUAUUUUACUCAUGUUCAUUACAUUAGUUUAAAAAUCAAUAUGUACCGUAUUUUAAAAACACAUUCUUUUUUAAGAUUUUUAAUUUCUUCAACCAUUGUGCAAACAUCAUUAGAAUAAAUUGUAUAAUACGUGAGUUAAGACACUUGUGAUAUCUUGCACUUAGACUACGUAAUUUUUUACUGUAAUAAUAUAACUUUUAUUCAUAGAUUUUAAUAUGAUGUCAAGAAAACAAAAAAACUUGAUUUUAUUUAAUUAUUAUUGAUUAAUCCAAAUACUUGUAAAAAAAAACCCGUAAACAGUAUAUUGAUUGAAUAGUCAACUGUAGAAAAUUAUUUUUCCAUAUUUUUUCUGCCAAAAAUUUACAAUGCCUCCGAGCCUUUUUCCCAAACUAUGUUGGGGUCGGCUUCCAGUCUAACCGGAUGUAGCUGAGUACCAGUGCUUUACAAGGAGCGACUGCCCUGCCUGACCUCCUCAACCCAGUUACCCGGGCAACCCAAUACCCCUUGGUUAGACUGGUGUCAGACUUACUGGCUUCUGACUACCCGUAACGACUGCCAAGGAUGUUUAAUGACAGCCGGGACCUACAGUUUAACGUGCCAUCCGAAACACAGUCAUUGGUGUCUAAGAUAUACUUAGAAAGUACAUACAAACUUAGAAAAGUUGCAUUGGUACUUGCCUGACCUGGAAUCGAACCCGCGCCCUCAUACUCUAUAUUUAUAAUGAACAAUAAAAUUAUGUUUUUAAAACCAAGAAGAACGCCUAUCAAUGAUAAGCUGGCAAUCUAACAUUAGAAACUUGUUUUGUGCAAUAAAUUAAUAUUAUCAUGAAUUAUAUUUAAAAAUGACGAAUUAUUAAGUUCCUUCGCCAUAUAUUAUAUUGUUAAAUAACGAAUUGAUUAUUAUUUUGUAUUGACAUUCCGUAUUAUUUUGGCUCGCAUUUACGAAUACGAAUGAAAUCGCUCGAUGUAUUUAAAGUCCAAUUUUUGAAUUUAUUUCUAUUACGUAACACCUCUUUAGUAGCAUUUAUCGAAAUCUUGCAUUGGAGGAUUUCAUUAAACUACUGUCGAGUUACUUCUCAACAAAUUUUAAUCUGUAUUCUUCAGUAGGAAAGAACAAAACCGAUCGACCUUAAGUAACUCGAUUGUAAAAAGGUAAUAAUAUAAUCUAUUUUUAAGAAAGACUGUGAGACGAUACCUGCAAUCAGCAUCGAAAAUAAUUAUAUCGAAGGAAAUAUUAAUCGGAAAAUUCUUUUUCACUGAUAAAUAAUUUCUAUAUACCUACUCACCGCAGCGUUCUUUGCGCCUUGAACAAAAAGCCUAGGCCAAUUAUUAUCUCGAAGUUAGUUGCAAGUAUCCGUCGAUCAGUGGUGCUGAGCGAAACGCGUAGAUAUAAUACUUUAGAUGUUUUUAAUAACUUACACGAAAUAUAAGCAGUUGACUUAA